GCGACGCGCGCGGCCUCGUUACCACGGACGCUCCGGCGGCGCGUGACGCCGAGGCGCUGCGCGCGGUGAUGACGUAAUCGCGGCGCCACGUCGGCUGUGCGGCCAAGAUGGCGGCGGCGGAAGGCGGUGUAGCGGCGGCGGCGGCCGAGCCUCUGUUUGCAGGCCUGGCAGAUGUGUCGAUAUCUGAGGACAUCCCCGUGGAAGGGGAGAUCACGGUUCCCGUGGGGUCCCAUUCCCCAGAGGAAGAUUUCUCCACGCUGGAUGAACCCGUCAGGGAUACCAUUCUGAGAGAUCUGAAGGCUGUUGGGAAGAAAUUUGUCCAUGUCAUGUAUCCAAAGAAGAGCAGCGCGCUCCUCAGAGACUGGGAUCUUUGGGGGCCUUUGGUGCUUUGUGUCUCACUUGCUCUGAUGCUGCAGGGGGGAUCAGCAGAUAGCAAGGAAGACGGAGGGCCCCAGUUUGCUGAGGUCUUCGUCAUCAUCUGGUUUGGUGCAGUUGUCAUCACACUAAAUUCAAAGCUUCUGGGAGGAACUAUAUCUUUUUUUCAGAGCCUGUGUGUUCUGGGUUACUGCGUCCUGCCCCUGACGGUGGCCAUGCUGGUGUGCAGGCUGGUGCUGCUGGCAGGUUCUGGCACUGUCAGCUUCAUUAUACGCCUGAUUGUAGUGAUUGCUAUGUUUGCUUGGUCAACGUUAGCAUCUACAGCCUUCCUGGCAGACAGCCAGCCUCCGCACCGCAAGGCGCUCGUGGUGUACCCCAUCUUCCUCUUCUACUUCGUUAUCAGCUGGAUGAUUCUCACCUUUACACCUCAGUGAUGUCUGAUCAGAAGAGACUGUGUGACACAGCCUGAAGUUUUACAUGAACACUGCAGUUGAUUGUUGGCUUUAUCUCUUGUUAAUUUAUAUUUGGAGAUAGUCUAAAAAGGCUGCUUAUGGGAUAAAGCCAGAGAAUUGCAAGACUGGUCGCGUGUUCUUGAGAGAGAUGGAAGUCCAGCUACUGAGUUUUUUGUUUAAUUAGCCCUGCUCUUUAGUUGUGUCGACUAAGAAAUGCACACUGUGACAGGGAAUAUUCUGUCUGAGGAAUAGAGGGAGAGAUCUUGGAACUUCAGGAGUUUGAUGGGUUACAAGAUCACACCGCCUGGCAGGGUUCUUGCUUAUGCUUGGAUUCUUGCUCAGGGGGAACAUGCCUUACAUUACUGUUAUGUGUUGGGUGGAUAAGGAAGAAUUUGUUUGAUUCCUGUCCUUUUUCAUUCACUUACAGAGUGGUGAAAUGUAUAUAAAACGCAUCAUAGGACUGUAAGUUUUCACUCUGAAAUCAGAUCUCAGCAAAAAAUAAGUUGGGUCCAGUUUGCUGUUAACUAGAGCUGGGCUGAAGGGGACUGAUUGCCUUUGCUCCUGUCAGCAUUCUCUGUAUUUAUGUUUUGCCCUCUUCAGCAUUAAGAAAGUGUGUUUUAGCCAGAUGUUUCCAACUCUGGCUACACUCACUAAUCCAUACAUCCAAUGAGAAGGGGUGCUUAAGUAGGUAAUUAUAAAUCUUUUUGUGUUCCUCUAGAUUAAAAAGUCCUGAGAAACCAGUGAAGGCUGCUUUGCAGCAGGGGCCUACCUAGUACUCUACGUAUUGAUUAAAAGUGGAAGUAGAAGUGUCUGGGGAGUACAGAAUGUAUCUCUUAAAAAUAAUUGAGAAGUUGAGAGUUGAAGUGUUCAGAUGGUAUCAUAACCAAACCAGGGUGUGGGUCCGAAAGUUUUAAGAUGGGUAGAUCGGAGGAAGGAAAAUAAAUCUUCCUAAAAGGAAGGUGGUGGCUGUUAUGAAGUAGGAUACAAAUUCUGAUCUAGAUUGCUUGUAUGUGACAUUCAUUUGUUUGUUUACAUGGUUGGUGUCUCCACAUAAAUGCAAGGAAAUUUGCAUAUUGUUCCUUUGUACUUAAAAUGAAAUGUGAGAAACUUUUCUAUAUUUUCUUUCCCAACACUUUUUAUAAAAGGAGAGGGGAGGUUUUCUUCUCCAGUAGGACGCCUCCUGCCUGGAGAGCCAUGCACAAACAUGGAAGUGUGUAAUCUAUAUUUCAUCUUAGGGAUUGACUGAGAGCUGGCACAUUGGUUGCUGAAGAUUGUACAGAAGUUCUCAGUAAUCAGGCUGAGGGGGGAGCUUUGGAAUGCUUCGGGGGUGGAAAAGCUGCUGUUAAAAUGUCUUUUUUUUUUCUUUCUGAAAAUGGGCUUUGGAUUUUCGUUCUUCUGUACUAAUGCAGAUGGACCCAAAGUUGAUAUAAAUGGGUCCUGUUGAAGUGUAAAUACACCUAAUUUAUAUUUAUAGAGAAGAGUACCCUUUUCUGCUAUAAGCACUACAAAUACUUGGUAAUUGGGAUGGAAUUGUUAAAUGUGCAGACUGACGUGACAUUGUUGCACUUCUGAGAGGGUAGAGAAGAGGAAAGGAAGAAAUCAGGUAACUGGGAGCUCUGGGCUGUUGCAGAGCAGCAGCAGCGGGCGCGUGGGGCUGAGAGCAGCUGUGUGCCUGCUGGGCUGUGUGCUGCAGGAGGAGCUGUGCUGUUUCGUAUACUUGAGUGUCAAAUGAAGAUGGGAAUUCUUUUAAACGUCCAUUAAAUUAUUACUGUUGAGGAAUGUGAUCUUUUUUCUUUAAAGUGUGCUGCUUUCCUUUCACUGAAGCGUUGGUUGAGCUUUCUGAAGUUGAAAAGGAGUAUUCAAGAGAAGGGGAAAGACACUGAAGCUAUUGACUACUCAAGUUGGAUUCUUUGAGGAAAAACUCCUAUUUAAGCACAAGAAUUUAACUGUUGCUUUUGAGAAAUCCUUGGAAUUCUGUAGUAUUUAGUGUCCAGCCUUGUGAAUUAAUGUGGUUAUAUCAGAAAGAUAAUCAGAGUUCUUUUUGAAAAGAAGGGAAAUUAUUUAAAGAGGAAUUAAACAAAAUCCCAGCUUUUUCCUUAUUUGUUUUUGACUUAGGAAGAAGUCUGGUGGUGGCUUGUUCUGUAACAUAGGGCUUUUGGCUUAUCCAAGGAAGUUAUUUUUAUAUUAGCUAGAUUUACUUUUCAGCUGAUUGCUACAGACUUCAGAGUGGUGUAAGUCUGAAAGAAUGAACAGAGAGAUACUGGUGAUGUGAUGGAGGUUUGUUUUCUAACUUGUAGUCCUUCAGUGUGGAAACCAUCGCCUAAAACCACGAAAGCAGGAUGUAUAAUGCUGAAGACUUGCUGCAGAGCUGUAGCUGGCAGGGGGCAGGCAGGGAGCUAGAUUUUCCUGAGUUCGUGUCUCCAAUUGAAUAAAUUACAGCUCAA